AUGACUUCCGAAGCCGUAUCUCCCCCAUCUGCCGCCCCUAACUCUAAACCUCGACUCAAGCGACUAGCAGCUCGACCUCUCAAACUUGCCGCAUCAACCUUUCGUCCUCUAUCAAGCUCCCGUUCCGGUGCAACGGCCCCAGUCGCGGUCAUCAGCUCGAGUACCACGCUCGUCGGUUCCACUCAACAAAGCGAUGGUAAUGCUGGGGCUCUCACUCCACAACAAGUGGCCAGUGCGGCUAGAGGACCUAGGAAACCUCUCGAGGGGGAAGAACCCGCCGCUUGGCUCAGAGUCAGGGUCGUGAAAGCGGAAGGACUUGUGGCUAAGGAUAGAGGAGGGACUAGCGAUCCGUUCGUCUCUCUGGUCUUACCACCCUCUGGACGACAUUCCACCCCCGUGGUCAAAAAAUCACUUAGUCCAACAUUCGUACCUGAAUCCAGCACGUUUGACUUCCCACUAUAUCUCAGCUUAGCGGGGGUCAUAGGCGGCAGAGGUUUGGAAGCUAUCAUAUGGGAUAAGGAUCUCAUGAGAAAAGAGUACCUAGGGGAGAUCUCUAUUCCACUGCAGGAAUGGUUCGAGGAUUUACAAGUUCGACUAUGGAAUGAUAAUCCCGCUCCCCGUACAUGGAGCCUGCUCUCUACAAGGCGGAAACGGACCGUAUCGGGUACAAUAACUCUACAAAUCGGCUUUGUCCCUCCGAAAGAAGCUCUCAGCCGUGAAGAAGCCCUCAAGAAGAUUAAGAUGAUCUUCAGCACCAUCGUCGAACGUGCCAGUGCUGGUCGCGGUCUAGCAGGCGUUUUGGGUGUCCCAGCUUACGAAGGUAUCGGUACCAUCAAGAUGCGAUCCUCACGUCCUCCGCUACCUGAAACCGCCUUUACGCCAUCUCCUACUGUCGCGGCUGGCCACUCGCCCAUGGCGCUCCUGCAAUCAGCCACUGCAUCCAUUGUAGCUCCUCUGGCAGGCAAGAACCGCUCCGAGCCCAACGCACAAUCAGCGUCUGCCGUAGCGGACAUCGACGAUGACCAUUCCGAUGACGAUGAUAUGCUAUUUCCCGAUGAUGGUUUAUCAACCAGUUCCACAAGCGAUGAAUUCGAAGACGCCCUAGAAGAAGAGGACGAAACGCAGAUUAAUGAUUCACAACCCCUUAUGAAGCAGGGCAUCACCGAGCGAAUGGUAGAGGCUUUGUAUCACCAAUCCGCUGGACUACCCCCUCCUAGAUCAGCCGAUCUGAAACGAGUCGAGUCUGACGGCGGAACCCCGAAGACUGCUUCUCUCGUACCCCCUGAGACGAAGCCCAUGAAAACUCCUACCCGUCAGUCAUCUCUGCCAGGAUACUUCGACCGUCCAGCAAAGACAGAUGAGUCACCAGGACCUAGCACUCCAGGAAUGACACCUGGGAUGGUCACACCAGGAGGGACCAAACUUCGCAAGCCCUUGUUCAAGCGUACGAAGAGCAACGCACCCUCGAGGAAAUCGACGAAAGACUUCAACUUUGAUGCCAGUCAGGGAAAGCAAGUUCUUGGGAUUGUAGUUAUGGAAAUUAAGAGCGCGUCUGAUUUACCGAAGAUCAAAAAUUCACUCAGAUUAUCUUUUGACAUGGACCCAUUCGUGGUCAUUUCCUUCGGUCAAAAGGUCUUUAGAACCCGAGUCAUCCGGCAUUCGUUAAACCCAACAUGGGAUGAAAAACUGUUUUUUCAUGUGAGACGACACGAGAGUACCUUCACUGUCAAGUUUGCCGUGCUUGAUUGGGACAAGAUCUCUGGGAAUGACAUGGUCGGCACUGCCACUCUUCCUCUCAACGAGCUGAUGGGUGACUGCCCAAAACCAAACCCCAAGACAGGGCUGUAUGGAAAGAACGAAGACGGUAAGCAUGAAAUGAAGGAGUUCACCUUAUCACUCAGUACCGAACGUGACAUGCCCUGGGAAUCAAAGCAUUCACCCAAAUUGACCAUUCGGGCCAAAUACGAACCUUACGAUGCCCUACGUCAACGCUUCUGGCGUCAAUACAUCGCCCAAUACGACGCCGACGAGACGGGUACCAUAUCUUACACGGAGCUCACCGCCAUGCUGGAUUCUCUUGGUUCCACUUUGACACGUUCUACGAUCGAGGGAUACUUCAUCAGCUGUGGCAAGUCUGCGGACAAAGACGAGCUUACAAUCGACGAGUUGAUCCAGAGUUUAGAGUACGAAGUCACGAAGAGUCGGGCGGAAAAGGCGCCGGUGAACAAAGAUGACCCAAGUCCAUCCAUUGGGUCAGGGAUGCAAACGCCCAGCGUGGCUCCGAAGCCAGUGCUUGAUGGGUUGAGUAUGACCGGUCCGAGCGCUGCGAUCUCUUCUCCGGUGGAUGCGGACGAGUUGGCAGAGCAUAUUCGUCGCAGCACUCUGGACAGCGAACCCGGAGAUGGGACUGGAGGUAACAUGCGUCCUGUGAACAAAACCCCGGGGAGCGAUUUAUCAAUCCCUGUGCUCAAAGUGGAAAGGGUUUCUUCGAUGGAUGGUGAAUCGCGAUCAGUGUCAGCCAGUGGGGCCGCUACGCCAGCCAUGUCCGACACUGAGGAUGCCGAUUCGCUCGACGAAAGGGAGAGAAUCAUCAAUAUACGCACCUGUCCUCUCUGUCAUAGAUCAAGGUUGAAGAGAAAGAGCGAGCAGGACAUAGUCACUCAUCUGGCUAUCUGCGCCUCUACAGACUGGACUAGAGUGGAUAGGAUCAUCACUGCGAGUUAUGUGACGAGUUCGCAGGCGCAGAGGAAAUUCAUGACUCGGAUCGUCAAUAAGGUGGCUGUUGGAGCUUACUCUCUCGGAGCAAACUCUGCAAACAUCUUGGUUCAGGAUCGACUUACUGGGCAGUUGCAGGAGGAAAAGAUGGCUGUAUAUGUACGACUAGGCAUCCGCGUGCUUUACAAAGGUGCCAAAAGUCGGAUGGAAGGUACUAGAGCCCGUAAGCUAUUGAAGUCCCUCUCUGUUAAACAGGGGAUAAAAUACGACUCUCCCUCUUCCGUCGUGGAUAUUCUUCCAUUCAUCGCAUUUCAUCGACUUAACACCGAUGAAAUUCUAGAACCCAUCAGUUCUUUCAAAUCAUUCAAUCAAUUCUUUUACCGAAAACUCAAACCUGGCGCCAGACCGGUGGACGAACCAGGCAACGAGGCGAGAUUGGUCAGCUGUGCGGAUUGUAGGAUGAUGGCGUUUGAGACGGUUGAUGAAGCGACCAGUAUAUGGAUCAAAGGUCGGGAGUUUACCGUUGGAAGAUUGUUGGGGCCGAAUUACAAGGAUGUGAUUGAACGGUAUAACGGAGGUGCUUUGGCCAUCUUCAGACUAGCCCCUCAGGAUUACCACCGUUUUCACUCGCCCGUAGCAGGUACGAUAGGAAAGAUGACCAUGAUCGACGGGGAAUACUACACUGUGAACCCACAAGCUAUACGGACAACUUUGGAUGUGUAUGGGGAAAAUGUGAGGAAGAUUGUGCCUAUACAGAGUGAGGAGUUCGGGUUGGUCAUGACUGUCUGGGUGGGAGCGAUGAUGGUUGGAAGUAUACUCACAUCUGUCAAAGAAGGUCAACACGUCAACCGGGCGGACGAAUUAGGUUAUUUUGCCUUUGGAGGUUCGACAAUUGUGUGUUUAUUCGAACGUGGUGUAAUGGAAUGGGACGAGGAUCUGUUAGCUAAUGGUCGAGCGGCAGUUGAAACACUUGUGAGAAUGGGGAUGGGUAUUGGACGAAGCACCCGAUCGGCCCAAAAGACGGGCACGCCACGAGUAAGUUGA